UAUUGCUUUUGUGCAUCUAUUGUACAUUUUUCUUUUUUACUUUUUUUUUAUUCAUAUAUAAUAGAAUAUAUUAUUGUUAUCAGCAGAUCCUUCAAUUUCAAAAAAAAGUAACAAUGUCGCAUUUCAGUGACUUUUCAUAUCUUCAGAGAUGUUCAAUAUGGGUUUAUAUGGGCGUUUUUCUUGCAUUCAAAAUUUGGACAAGCGAUAGGUUCAAAUGUCUUCACCCGAAAAAGAUCUUCAGUGGAGAGUUACGAAGCAUUAUCACUAUAUUGUAUAUAUUAAUGCUGUUCAUGCAGGCCUCAUGGGAUAUUGUACUUGCUUGGAUCAAGUAUUAUGAGAAAUUCACCAUAAUCCCAGGGACCGCAACAAUAAUUGAAACCCCUUUUAACUCUUGGACCGAGCAACAUAAAAAUGCAUCACAGUCAAUGGAUUACGUAGAAUGUAUAAAUUUGUCAAUGCAGGCUAGCGUUCUUAUUUUACUGCAGUGUUUCUGGAAUUACAUUUCAAACAGCGUUGCAAAAAGAUCUUUCAUGACAUCUUUGGAAUUUAAGUUUUAUAUUUUCUGGGCAAUUAGUACUAUCGUUACAUUCCCUACAUUACAGUACAGCUACCGAAACAGCGAGAUUUUAAGAGAAAGCGUUCCUUUAUUAGCAUAUUCGGCAAUAGGCUUGAUUAUUUCUAGCCUGGGUAUCCGCUCUCAUAAAAGAUUUAAUCGAAUGCUAGAAACGCUUCAUAUGUUAGAAAAUGGAAGCAGUGUUAUCGCACGUCUUGAAUACUUUCAGGAAAUGAAUCUACUCAUCUCGAUCCUGUUAUGCUUCUAUGCACUAACUUUGGGUAUUAUGUGUGUAGACGGUUUGACAUCUACACUCAUUGCCAGAAGUAAAUUUGCAACAGAUUUUUUAAUCGCCAAUUGUAAUACGUGUGCUUUGUUGAUGUGGAUGGUUGGCAUUUUCAUAUUUCAUCCUCGACGUACUACAGAAGAGAUCAAAUUAGACAACAGAUCUAAAUCAAGCGAAAACAUAAGCAAUCGUGAUUCUCUUGUUGCAACCGGUGACAUCGAAUUAUCGAGCGUUCAAUAUCAAGAGCCUUCGAUGGAUGAACAUAAAUCUCGAAAUAGUCAAACUAGUCAACGUGUCAGCAAAUUUGUGAACAGUCAAAAUGCAGUAAAUUAAAGUAGUCUUGUGAUGCAAUACCUUAAGAGUGUGCUAACUAUGACAUUUGUGUUAUUGGUA